AUGGAAUAAUUGAUAUAAAUCAAAGUAAUAUGCUCUUCUAUUUCCCUUUUCAGUAGUACCAUUGUAGCUCUAUUGUUUUUAUCAAACCCAAGUAAUCAAUUUAUCUAAAUAUAAGAAUUGAGAACCCCAACCUUUCGUUUAGUCCUUCAACUACAAAUUGCUGAUUCUCUCUUUGCUCUAGCAAGUAUUAUAAAUAGUAGUGAUGAGAAUCAUGGACUAUGGUAUAGAAAGUCAUAAAUAGUUUAUUCCAGGCAUUUCUGGUGAAUUACAGUCGUGAAUCAAGCAUAAUAUGGAUUGGUAUUUUUGCUUACAAUAUGUGCGUCACAAUAGUGGAUAAUUAAGAAUUACCUGGUAUUCUAAAGUUUUAUGUAAUUGCAAUAGGUAAAUUUGAAUAUUCACAUUUUUGAAGGUAUUCCAUUCAUAUUGAGUGCCUACCCAUUUGCUUGGGAUUCGUAUGGAUUAAAUUAUUCAAUGUGUUGGCUGUUGCCUAAUAGCAUUGCAUUAAUGGUGGUGGAUUAUUUGGUUCUUUGCAUUGGAGUACUAUUCUAUAUCAUAUAUUUUUAUUUAAAAAUAUAUAACUUCUUAUAUAAGGUUGCAGAGGUAAGUGUUUAAUUAAUUAUUGGUAGAUGAAAUCAAAUAAAUUAUUUCUCUAUCCUUUAUCUUUUCUCCUUACUCAGAUUUGGACUAUGAUCGAUAUAUUUUAAAAAUACGAUGAGAGUAGCGUAUGAAAUUUAUAAGUAUUUAAAAGGGUUAUUCAUUCAAGGAAGUAGCAAUUGCCUUUGUGAGUUUACAAGGUUUUAUAAAUUCAUUGGUAUAUGGAUUGACUCCAUAAGUGCUUGAGAUUUUGAAAUCGUUUUGUUAUUCCAGUAAUUAAAUAGAUAAGCAGUAACUCUAAAUAGCAAAUCAAUGUAUUAGUAUUUAAAGAUGGAAUAGAGAAUACUGAUUUAUCAAGAUAAUAAUCAUUUCUUAUGCCAAUAGGAUUCGAUACUCAAACAUCAAGUGACACUAAUGUAUAGAUAGACAGAUUCAAUUAAUAAUUGAUUAUUGCAGUAAAAUAAUAAUAAGAAUUAUGA